AUGCCCAGCGCUCAUUUUAUAUACUCCGCAACAAUCGCAUCAGGUUGCGAGGGAGUGAGGAUGCCAGAAGUGGUCCAGCCGAUGGUGGCUGGACUUCAUCAGGCACACCCGCCAUCUGCGUCCAUUUCAACCCCAACUCAAACAACCCCAACCCAAACGGCUACAACCUCAUUCGACAGAAUAUCAACCGUAUCGGAACACAGUACUGCCUCAUCCUGUCUAUUACCCUCAGCACUCUUCCGUUAUGUCAAACAGUCGAAAUAUGUCUGUAACGUGUUUCGCUAUUUUCAAUUUUCGACCUGUGUCCGACAGCGGGAUAGAAGGCGCUGCGCUAAAAGUGGCAACAUGGUCUUUGCACUUGGAGGAUUCCUCAUCGCUUGCAUAGCGCUUUGGUCAACAAUCCGCGCCAUGGAAGAUGGUAGAAAAGCUGUCAGCCUCGCGGAGUGGACGGCCAGGAAGGACUUUUUUGAGUAUUGCCAUUCUACUGGAUACAAGGAGGAUAGUUGUGAUAAGAUUAAAACAACAUCUUUAGGGCCACCACCGUUGAGCGGAAUGAGAUUGAAAGCACGAAUGCUUCAACAGACCGUGACUAAGAGAUUCGAUACUUUUCCCGGCUCCUUGGUCAUCCUUGCUGGAUUUCCUCUCAUGAUGAGUGUCUGGGUUUCCUCUAGGAAAGCCCUGGGAAAGCCUUUCAGAAACCGACCGUGUUCGAAUCCCGUUAUCUUACAAUAUGAACUGGGUUUGCUCGCUACCACGGAUCGGGCUCAGUUUAUCCAAACAAAUAGAAAGGUGUUAGUUCCCAGGAGCCGAAAGCCCCUUGCCCUUACGACUGGAAAACAAGUCACCCCCGCACUGACUGUCAGCCCUCUCGAUGGGAUAAGCGGCAGCUUCAACUUCAGCCUGCCUGCUGGAGUAGCAGUGGGUAAAAGCUUCGACUUUGAGCACCCUCCAGACCCGCUCCAGAAUAAUCUUGGAGCAUCAUCAGCACUCCAAAAAGGCAUCCACAACCCAACGCAUCGACGAAAAACCCGGAAUCAGAGCAGUCUUGCUACUGUACCAGUGGCCUUGACUCCAAAGUCCCAACUUCUACUGUCACUUGCACCGUGCCAGAUUUGCAGUUCGAAACUGGACCCAAUUGUCAGCGAUGAGCUUCUGACAUAUUAUCCUGAACAUAAGAAGUCACAUUUUGCGGCUUGGUGCUGGCCUUGCAGUGCCAAAGUUGUGAGAAGUCAACUUGCCUUGGACUCCUAUUUGACGUGCGGCCAUAUGACUUGCGGAAAGCCUCCGCCGAAGGGGCUGCAUGAAGAUAUUGGAAGUUUUCUAAUGGAAAGCGAGCAGGAGUCGGAGACUUUGGAUCGUGGAGGCGGCAAGUGUGAAUCAGCUGGCGCUUCCAUUGUUAAACGCAACUGGAACUUGUACGGGCACACUUCAUAUGACGCACAGCUGAUUCGCACGGGUACUUACAUGGGGCGAAAGGGCAAGGGAGCGUCCUGGUUCAACGUGGGUGGUGGGGUUAUUUGUCGGUGGGACUAUUAUUAG